AUGGGAGCCAAGGUUCCCCGCAACUUCCGCCUGCUGGAAGAGCUCGAGAAGGGCGAGAAGGGCCUGGGUGCCGAGGCCUGCAGUUAUGGCUUGGACAACCCCGAGGAUCUCCUGAUGUCGGACUGGAAUGGCACCAUCCUUGGACCCCCUCAUAGCGUCCACGAGAAUCGUAUUUACUCGGUCAAGAUGCACUGCGGCGACCAGUACCCCGACAAGCCCCCCACGAUCCAGUUCGUGAGCAUGGUCAACCUACCCUGCGUCAACCAGCGAAACGGCGUCGUCGACCCAUCGCAACUGCCCUGCCUGGCCAGCUGGAAGCGCGAGAACACCAUGGAGACGAUUCUGAUCGAGCUGCGGAGAUACAUGGCCAGCAGCCAGUGCAAGAAGCUGCCCCAGCCUCCAGAAGGCUCCGUCUACCCUGGCCAGUGA